CUGACGCGUCAAGUCAAUUUGUUCAACAACUUUGUCUUUUAUUGUUUCCUGUAUCACUUCCAUUGUUUCGCGUUUGUUAAGAGAAACGUAAAGGUACUUCGCAGUCUCAUUGUUUUUUUUUUUUUUCAAAGAAAUUAGCAGUUAGGUCGGUUUUUUUCGUUCGAUAGUUAGCCAACGUCGGUCCAAACGCUCGUAAACACUGCGCGCUUUUGCCACAUACGAUGGAGUUGGACAUUCGUGAGCAUUUAGCGAAAGCAAAGGAGAAUCAAGACCUCGGAGCUCUGCACUCUGCUUACAGUUUGAUUAAAGGACCGUCAACAGCUGGGCACAGCGGAGCACUUCCACGCUUCCCCCCAGAGCUGUACGUCCUGUGUGCGGAACAUGCUCUGCAGCUGGGCCUUAUGGAGAUGAGCUCUGAAUGCCUAAAGAUGUAUUUUGAAGGAAAUCCGCAGGGCGGCCAAUUUUUGUGUCGAGCUCUUCUGUGCCAGGGCCAGCUGAAGUCUCUGCUGUUGUCUCCUGCUUCCAGUGCGGAAGAAAUUAACGAGGCCGUGAUGUAUUUUCUGAAAGCGAUUGAAAUGUCGAAGAAGGAACCAAGCACUCACUUCUUGGUGUUCAACGCCUCAGUGCUGUACUUGCAGACAGCGGGGCUUCUCCUGCAGCCUGGACGCUGCCUCCAGUUAGUCCACUCCUUAAAGCAGGUGCUGGGAAGUUUGGAGGAGGUGGCGGACCAGGACCUCAGCUGGAGGGCAGAGCUCAUGAUACAGUUGGUUAAAUGCCACGUGUAUUCUGGACAAGUGGAGGAGGCUGCAAGUUUUGCCAGAGUAACAGAAAAUUUCAUCAAGUCACAUGCUGCACAUCUUUAUCCAAGACUUUACACAUUACAGGUCCAACACAAGCUGUCAGAGGAUGAUGUGCUCCUUGAAACCAGCAGACAGUGUAUCACCCUCAGGAUCAUUUAUAAAAUCCAAGAGUUAAAAAACAGGUGGAAAGAGUUCAAUGAGAACACAAUGACAGAGGAGGAUUGUGAGAGGCUGAAGGAGAUUUUCUCUCUCCUUGUGGAUUCUCCGGGACCAAACAGUACGCCUGCGAGUUCUAGCGCUCCGCAGAGCCCGACGCCCGUCCAACUCCGUGACAGAGUUGCCCUCCUGCUGGAGUUGGCUCUGCUGUCGUCGCAAGGGAAGCGUCCGGAAAUAGCUGCUGACUGUUUGAAACAGCUGAAGUUGGUGGGAGAAGUUAACAUUGACCAACGCAUAAUAAUGGAAUGUGUCAACUGUGAAAUUAACCUUCUGAAAAAAGAGGCCAAGAUGAAUGACUACUCCAAAGCCAGCGUGGAGGCCCGCCUGAAGGAGAUAGACAAGCUGGAUCAGUGGCUGGAGGCUGCGGUGAGGGAAGGGGGGCCCCAGGCCAGACAGGCUGUGUGCGUUACCCAGUGGAAGUUGUGUCUGCCGCUCCUGCAGCACAAUCUCAGGAAGCGCAUCAGGACGCCUCUGCUCAAGUUGGCUCAAGUUCUGGAAGACAUGCAAAGUUUGUUGCUGGAGGUGCGGUGUGGAGUCCACUCAGAGCUGGCAGCAAUAGAAGAGGAAGAGGGGGACGUUGAAGCGUCUCUGUCCCACCUUCAGAAAGCUCUGCUGCUGGACAACGGGACACAGCGAGAACGCCUGUCGUCAGCUUUUCAGCUCCUGCAGCUCAGACGGACCGUCUUCCAAACACCUGCCUGUCCCGAGGACAAAGCUGCUAUGCUUAUGCAGCAGAUCAAGGACAUGCCGCCCCAACAUAGUACAGACAGGCGUCCCAUUCUGGUGUCUGUCGGCCUCCUUUUGGCUCCUGAUGAUUUCCAAACGCUUCUGGAUGCAGACGACCCCUCUAAAUUUCCUGCAGAGAGUCUGGGAUCAGAGCCGAUAGCGUACCUUGCUGCUAAGGCUCGGCAUCAUUCCAUCUGUGUGGAGAAGCUGCAUGGUUACCUGGACAGACAAAGGAAAGACAAAGAUGAUACGGCAAGGGUGAAGUUGUGGGCAACACUAGCAAAGACAGCGAGGAAGCAGGACGUCUGGGAUGUGUGCCGGGCUGCGUGUCGAUUCUGUUUGUUUUAUGAUGAUAGAAGAUGGACGAGUUCAGAGACUAAGAAACCACAACACUCUGGAGAAGAAAGCUGUGGCCAAUGUUCUCCUGGCUGCUGUGGAAACAAAAAUGAUGUGCACGUAUUACGUCUUUUAGCCGAAAUUUGCUUCAUCAAUGCUGAGGCCACUCUCCAAAAGCUGUUAGGAGAGGGACUGCAGCUUAACAGCCCAGCUGUGCCACCACUGGAAAAGUGCGUGGGUGUUACUGAGGAGGAUCCACGAUGGGUUGUUUACAGAGACUGGAUCCAGGCUCUGUCUGCCUACGCCACCUCCAGCUUCUUGCGGGGAGGAGAGCUCGGGGUGGAGAUCGGGGAGCCUUGGCUGGUGGAGAAUGCAGCCAUUUACUUAUGGAACUAUAACAGCCACAUGCUGGCUGCUGGGGAGUACCAGCUCCUGCUUCCCACCUUUCAAAAUCUAGUGGAAAUGAUCCAAAAGAUGAACGAUACGGGGAACCGCACCCUGUGUGUAAUGCUGUGCGAUGCUGUGGCUCGCGGGCUGAUCCAGCCUCUGUCUGCAAGAGACUUCACAGAGCCCGCUCCAACAAGUGCAAGGGCUAAAAGCAAAGCAGAGAGGGGAACAGAGCAGGCGAGCGGCACCCAGGGGGUCUUAGACCCUGCUGCCUUGCAGGAUGUACAGAAGGCAUUGGAGCUAUGUAAUUACGCCCUCCACACAUCCAGUUGCCACAGCACCGGGGCCACUGUUCCAGUUGCAGUGAGGAAACAAGUGUUGACCACAUGGGUGCAGAUAAAGAGGCUCCUGCACGAGCAGAUUGGCUCAGACCUGGAAAUACCCAAGGAUGAGAGUGAGAAUGAAGAAGUAGUGGCGAUGAAUCGUGUGCUGGUUGGACUGGAAAUGCUUCACAGCAAUAAGAACCCAAGACAUAUGGAGUUUUCCGUGCCCAGUCUCUCAGCUCUGGCGGGCAUGGCGUCUGAAUGCAGCUGGUCUGAUGCUGUGGUGGAGUUGCAGGUGUGGUGCCAGCUGGCUGCCUUCUGUCACCACGUCAAGGACCACAGCUUGGUGCUGCGCUGCACCCAGAGAGCUUUGCAACUGGAGGAGGCUGCAGCAAAGAGUCUCACUACAAUGCCCUGUUCAUUGUAUGGACAGGCUGCUGUGAACGAGAUGCUGAGCAGUGCAGCCUGUUUGAGGGGUUGGAGCCUCGUCUGCGAGUCCAGUGGAAAUCUUGACAGUUACAGGGAAGCUUUGAAACUGUUCCUGUCCGGUGUCAGCUUCGCAGAGAAAGCUGACAAUCGGGACUUGUGUGUCACAGCUGCUGGGCAUUUCUGGAAUGCUUGUCUGCCGCUGACACAGAGCCCUCGGGACAGACGGUGGCUCAAGGAGAACCUGGAGAAGAUUCUCAAAGCCCUCAUUCACACCAGCAAAAAUGACAAACAUGGCAACAAGAAAGGAAGGCUGACCUUCAGAGAAUUGCCUGAUGGGACUCCUAAACGUGAAGCAACAAAAGUUGACCAAGGACUGUGUUUGAGGGCAGCCAUUGUAAGUUUGUUGGUCUCCUUCUACAAUGACAGCGAAGACUUUGCAGGCUCUCUACAGCUGCUGGACAAAGCUAUAAGUAGCAUGCCUCGCUCCAAGAAUCGGCUACUUCUGAAAUCUCGCGUUCUGCUGAAGGCACGCAUGGGAGAAUGCAUAACGCGUGACAUGCAGAUGUUACAAAGUGAGGGUGGACAGUGCUGUUCAACCAUGUGGCACCGAGCGGCUCUGUGCGCUGUCACUUUAAACCAGCAGCUAACCUGCUACCAGAACGCUAUCACGUCUCUCCUGAGCACUGAGUCUGAGGGGCACAAAGUCAACCUUUUGCUUGAAUUUGGAGCGUGGCUGUACUAUCACAACUUCACUACAUCUGAAGCCCAACUUCCUGUUCAGUACGCCAUAGACAUCCUUCUGCACUUGGGACCCGAAAAAGAACCAGAACCAGAUGGCAGGGUGCAAGAGGAUUUAAAGAGAGAGGAAUUAGAUUCCUCGGUUGGAGUCUAUGGACGAUUCACAGAAAACCUGUCCAGUCUGAAGGAGGUGCGCAGACUUGACCAAUUAAUAGGAGCACACACUCUGCUCGCUGCCGUGUCAGACAGGACCUCACCUGAGCAUCAGAACAACCUGCUCCUAGCCUACACCUUUGUUCUUCAGAUAUGGCAGGUUUCUGUGCCGGCAGCCUGUGAGAUUUUCAGUGAAAUGUUGAAGAAUCGGCCUAUCAGUUCUCCUCCCAAUGCAGGAUCCAAAAAAAGCAAAGACAAGGGCAAAGACAAGAAAGUAAAAGAACCUGUUCCAACAGAAGAAAGACAAACCUUUGCUAAGAUGGAUAAAAGUAUUCCUUCCACCCUGAGGGAAUGGGCUCGAUACAUCUGUCCUGAGCAGACCAGGCAGAUAUUCAGAACUAACAACAGUCCCCACUGUAUCAACAAAUACAGCUUUAUAAACCAGAAACAAAGCCUGUUUUAUCUAAGGCUGCUGGAAAAAGAGCUGCGCUCGCUAUCUCUCUACCAUCUCACUCUGCCCAUUCUGCACCUUGCUGAGGUUAUUGCUCAUGACUUGCUUGAGAGGCAGAGCCUCUCUGAUCUCUACAGACUCAGAAUUGUGAGCACAUGUGCUGAGCUGGGUUUUGACUCCCAUUCGUCUUAUCAGGAGAAGCUUCAGAGUCUGAGUAAAAUCCAAGAAUUCGAACAAAUGAGGUGCCACAAAGACAUGAUUCUUUCACUGGAGAGGAGAAGACUUGGCAAAAUUUGUAAUCAGAAAGCUCAACUGGGUGAACAGAUUUCUUCUGGAGAGGAUCUGAGUUCUCAGGAUAUUUGGUUGCAGAAAGCAGAGGUUUGCCUCGGUAUGGGUCUUUAUCAGUCAGCCAGACAACUGCUAGCUGAGGCCCUCAUGGUUGCUAGGGAACUUGGAGACGAGACUGCAGAAACAAAAAGCUUAUUAAGUCUGGCAGCUCUAGCCUGUCAGGAGCACAAUUAUGCUAAGGCUUUGAUUCUGUUGGAUAAAGCCCAAAUCCUGGGCGGGGACUAUGAUUUCUGGUACCACUUCACUCUCGUCAGGGUCACAGCUGUGGUGGGGCUGAGAGACCGAGCUUCUCAAACCAAGGUUGACCAGAUUAUCAAACAAGGCUGUGAGGCUUUGCAGCUGAUUGCAGGACUGCAAGUAAACAGACUUUCAGAGCUCAGAUCAAUGAUCGCUUCUUUAGAAAAUAGAGGUGCAGUUGAAUGUAUCCGAGCCAUUGCUGAAGCUACAACUGCAGAGACGUUCAGCCCUGAGGAUGUUCAGAGGCUAAAGGCUGCAUGUGAUACACUCAGAGUGUCUGCAGCUGCUCUCACCAGACUGAACUACGGACAACAGGCAGCAGAGGCGCAUAGAGAUUGUGCACAUGGUCUGAGGCUUUUAGGCAAGAAGGUCACUGACAUAGAGGAGAAACAUGGAUACCUGCUGGACGGCCUCUCUCAAAUGCAGCUAGCUGUCGCGCUGCAGGAACAUGUGGUACUAAGUGCUCAGAGGCUGUUUGUGCCUCAGGAGAGUUGCGACCUGUCGCUGCAAUCCAUUACCAAACUACUGCACCUGCGGGUUGGCUUGAUAGAAUUUUGCCUUGAAAUUCUCGAGGAGCUUUGUGCUCAGCGCACACACCAAGCUUUUGCUCGUUCAAAGAAGACAUCUACGGAAAUAGCACUGGAAGAGUUUACAAGGAGCUCACCACGGCCAAACUCUACAGAAAUGGAAUGGCAGAAUACAGGCAGAACUUUGGGACAGACCAUUCUCUGCCAGCUGGCUGCAGUCAACUCCCAGUCUUUAGACAACGUAGAGAUCAGAGCUCGCUGCCUGAGUCUGAUGGGGAAGUACCUGAGACUGCUGGCUGUGCAGGAGGAGCCCAUGUAUGUGACAGCUCUAUGGCACAAACAUAAUCAGGAAGCCUGGUCAGACUCUAAAGGCGUUCCCACGGCAGAGGAGACUUCACAGAAACUUGUUGAUUCAAGCAGAAAAGAACCGGGCGUGACCUCUGCCAGAAGUGCUGAGCUGCAGAGGAAAGAUAAAGCACGUCAGCUAUUGGCUGAAGCGAGUAAAGCUCUGUCUGAGUCCAUCAGUCUGUGUCUGCAACACAAGCUACCCUCCAGCAUCUUGGCUGAAGCCUCCUUGAAUAUGUUGGAGUGUCAUGGGCAAUCCGACCCCACAGUGACUGGUCAAUACCUCGCUCUUUGUCAGAGCUGCUGCACGAUUGCUAUGGCGGCUGAAGUCUUGAGCUCUGCCUGCACUGACACCUCUGUGUCCCAGCUCUGUGCUCUAAUCAGCCUCCACAGGAAUCUGCUCCUCUCCCAAGAAAGGAGACCCAGCAGCAUGCUGAAGGGAGUGGAGGACUCCCUCCUCCGCCUCUCCAAGGCCUUCAGUCAGCUGACCAUCAGUCCGGACCACCUGAAUAUCCUUUCAGAAAUCCCUCCCAACCUGAAGAUCUUGUUGCUUCAGCACUCCGAUGAUGGCACUGAACUCUACGGGGGCUUCUAUGAGACAACCAAAGCUGCAGAAAAUCUAAAAGCAAAGACUUCACAACUAACAGGUCCGGUGACAUGCUCUCAGGUGGCGAAGGUUUCGGUCUGCCCGCGGGCACUUGUGGCAGUUCGGGAGCCGGCUCGGGGCUCUGGCCGAGACAACAAACAUUCACUCCUGGAGGAUGAAUCCGGCCAGCUGGAGACGUCUGAGGAAGCAACACGAGACGCAGAGUUAAAACUUCACUUCAGAGAACUUGUAGAAAAGAUGGAGAACUAUUUGAAUCCCCUUCUCUCUCAGUUUGAUUUCUCUUUCAUCAGGUGCCAGGCUGAAAUGAGCAAAAGCAAAAUAAAAGAAGAGCAAUGUGUCUCAGAUAAAGUUGAACUUGGAGACCAAUUGGUGGUUCUCGCUGACAGGAAGUUGCUUGAGUUGCCUCUGGAAGCUUUGCCUCUCCUACGACAGGAAGGCCUGACAUCUGUGUCUCGCGACUUUUCUCUGCAGCUUUUCUUCAGUCGUUUAAGUAGAGAAGAAACACAGAAAGUUGAAAGUGACAACAAAAAGGAGACCAAAGGUGGCAAGGGAACUAAGGGGAAAGGAGAUCAAAGCCAAGCCAUCAAAGCAGUACCUGCCAAUCUCGAGCUGCCUCCCCACACGUUUGCCGUGGACACGUCAAACCUGCAAUAUAUUGUUGACCCUUACAAGGAAGGCCAUUUUGAAGGGAUCCGACUGAGAAGAACAAUGAAGGAGGUUUUAGAAAACCACAGGCAGCAUCUCCCACAUCUGUGGGAGGGCUUUAUCAGCAGCAAAGACAGACCCAGUGUUUUCGACGUGGAGCAGAUCCUGAGCAGAUGCAGUGCCUUGAUUUACAUGGGGACGGAUCCCUUACUGACACGCUUUCCACCCGCCAAAUUAGCCGGCCUCAAUCUAACUGAAUGCCACAUGGCUCUGCUCUUUGACCCGGUUCAGAGCAAAGCUAAUGUCCUCCCAUCAAACAAUGAGCAGCAAAACAGUGCAGGACAGCUCACCUUGGAGCGUCCCCUGGAGACCGCCCUGUUAUUGAGCUUGAGUGGUGUUGGCUGCAUUGUCCUCAACCAAUGGCACAGCACUCCUAAACAGGAAGCACAGAAUCUUGCUGCUGUGCUAGACAACAUACUGAGGGUCAGACAGACCUCCGGCCAGGCCAUCCAUGCUCUGAGGGGUCUGGACUGCUCUCAUAUGCCACAUUACAAGGUCACAGGAACAGACGAUCAAUCGCUCAACACUGACUCUAAGGAGGACGAGGUUCGAUACACUCCAGCUCUCAGCCCAACAGCCUACAAUUGCAUUCUCUAUGGCCUUCCUAACCUAAUUGCCACAUGAUAUACUGUAUUGCCUCAAUGUUUCCCCCACAUUUCACAGUUCAAAACGAAUGCAAGCGUGCAUACCUGAGAGAUUUGCUUUUAUUGCUCCAUGCAAUGCAGUAGAGCUUCUGUUAUACGAAGGGUUUAAAAGUUUCAUUAAAGACAAUCCUGGACUCUUUACUUA